AUGCCUGGUCCAACGGCAACAGCAACACGCGAGAGGGUAGCACUGCGACAGGAGGGCUACAAGCAGACUGAUAUCGCAGAAGUCCUAGGGAUAUCACAGAGUGCAGUCUCUAAGAUCCUGAAACGUCAACAUGAGGCGGGGAAUGUGCGGCCACGGAAAUCUCCAGGACGUCCCAAAUUGACCACAAGAAGAGAUGAUCGCCAACUGUUGAAUUUCAGCCGCAGAAACCGGAAAUUGCCCACGAGCCGUCUUCGUCGCUUGUGGAGGAGAUAUCAUGGGAUCAACGUUUCCCGGUCAACCGUUAAUCGCAGAUUGCUCCAACAUGGUUACCGAGCACGACGGUUGACCAAAUGUCCACGCCUGUCUGUUCGCCACAGAGUAGCUCGUCUUCUUUGGGCUAGGGAGCACAGAAGGCUUCAUCCAGGACAUUGGCAACAUGUGGUCUUCACGGACAAGAGCCGGUUCAUCCUUGACCGAAAGGAUGGGAGACAACGAGUUCGUCGAGUAGCCGGGGAAAACUUUCGCGAUGAAUGUAUCCACGAGACGACUCAAGGCGGAGGCGGCUCAGUGAUGAUAUGGGGCUUAUGGGCUGGCAUCCAUUAUGGAGGGAAAACGCCACUGCUGGUUCUGGACGGAAACGUCAACGCCGCCGCCUACAGGGAUAUUAUGGAGUUCCACUGUCUUCCAUAUGCAAGACGAGUGUAUGGGCACAAUUUCCGACUGCAGGAUGACAACGCUAGACCGCACAGGGCCGCUGCAGUAAGGGAAUUCCUGGAGGCAGAGGGCGUCGUACAGUUGCCAUGGCCAGCUUGUUCGCCGGAUAUGAACCCCAUAGAGCAUGCAUGGGAUGCCCUAGGCCGAGCCAUCAACGACAGAGAGGUCAUUCCUCAAAAUCUGCAGGAGUUGGCAGAUGCUCCGAGGGAAGAAUGGGACGCUAUGCCUGUUGACGUCAUCAACAAGCUAGUGGACAGCAUGCAACGACGUCUGCAUGCGCUGAAUAAUAUAGUGCAUCGAGAUCUGAAACUUGAGAAUGUUCUACUAGAUGAGGAUGGUGAUGCAAAGAUUGCUGAUUUUGGUCUUUCAAGUUACUACAGUGACAAUGAUCUCCUACAUACAUUCUGUGGAAGUCCUCUCUAUGCUUCUCCUGAAAUAGUCAAUGGUCAACCAUACCAUGGUCCAGAGGUUGAUUGUUGGAGCCUUGGUGUCAUCCUGUAUGCUAUGGUUUAUAAGACGAUGCCUUUUGGAGGAGAUGAUUUCAAUAAUCUUAAGAGACAGAUCAUUGAAGGGCGGUAUUAUGAUCCAUGUCCUGGCACAGUGCAAUCCCAACUUAUCAGACAUCUUCUAUCGAUAGAUCCACGCUACCGAGCAACCAUCUAUGAUGUAGCUCAUCAUCCUUGGGUGUUUGGUGAGGAUGCUAAUGAGAUUCUUACCAUGGAGCUUGCUUCAUCAAUUGGUGAACAAAACACAGACUCAUCAAAGGAAACAGAAAGCACUGAAUCUAGUGAUACUGAGAGUGACAAUAAGCCUCCUAUCGUAGCUGUUAAACCAACCAGUAUUCUCAAGGCAAGUUCCAAAGAUAGUGAUUCUAUGGUAGCUACACGGGUCAAUGAACAAUCCAUUUUGGUUGAGGAACAACCAAAGGUGUCAGUUUCUAGCAAUGAUUCAGGUAGUGAUUCUCCAAGCAGUCCUCUUGAACUCAAGGCCAAAGGUUUACCACAGGUCAAGGGAGUGAUACAGAAUGAAACAGACAGCUUCUUGAGCUUAGCUAGUUCAACUGCAACUCUUCCUUCUGAGGCCUCUAGAGCAAUAACCAAUGAUGAUGUCUUUAAAAGAGCAGAUGUUCCGGUGAUAGAUGUUGUAAAGCGAAGAGCAGAGCCUGGUAAGGUUGUCAGAGCCCAAAGACCAGCUACUGUUGGUGCUCUUUACAGUGAUCUUCCAUCUCCAAGGACAUUGGUCAAUCAACUAAUUGGAGAAGAUACCAUAUUUGAGUGUAGUUCAGAAGAGAAAAGGGCAAGUGCUCGUCUCUCAAAGCGAAUGUCUUGUGGCAAGUACUCUAAAAUAACAGAACUUUGGGAAUCCAUUUUCAAUGAAUCACACUUACAGGCAGUGAUUUCUUCAAAAUCGCCAAAGUCUGGAUCUGAUGAGAGCCCUGGAUCCAGCUCUAGUGAGGACCUCCUGGAGAUCUUGAACUCUCAACAUCUCAAGAAAAGUUACAGUAGCUCCUUUAAAUUGACCAGACAUCGCUUCUCUAACCAUCGUCGGUCAAUGCGCACGCAUAAAGAAAUGGUCAUCAUGGAAGCCCAGCAACUACAGAUGAGGUCUGAGUCUCUUUUUGAGAAACCAGAAUUUCGUAAGGGAACUCGAGAUUCUGGUCUUGGCGAUGAUUUGGAGAACUUGGCAAAAGUUUAUCAGAAAGCAUUAGAGAUAUCUAGUAGUGUUAAUUGAUCUAAGUGUCUUUCCUUAAAACUAUCAAUAGAAAUUGGUCUGGUAGGUUGAAGGAAACUAAGACUUAGGAAACUAUAGUGAACUUUUUUUCAAAUAAUAUUUAUCAAUCUAGUCUAUUCCAAGAUACAAGCCUUCGUGUUCAUACAACAUCAAAGGUCAGUUAAAUUGUUUUACUGUUGUAGCUUCAUGUUUUACAUCUCUGCUCUUUUCAUACUGUUUGAAUGAACUGAUGGCUAUCAACCCUAUCAGUAAGAGAGAAAACAAAAUCAAGUCAUUUUUUCUCCUGGUAGAACCUAUUUCAUGAAAAAAUGUUUUCAAGUUACAAAUACAUAUUUUUUGAAAUAUUGAAAUGGGAUAUGUGUAUGGAAAAAGUGAAGAGAUGCAUUCCAUUUGGUAAAGUGUUAAGCAAAAUGCAAAUCAUCUUGGAUUUUUUCAAAGUUAAACAUCAGUGGCUUGUGGUUUAACAAAAUAGUGGCCACAUAUGCAAUAUGCUUUCAUUUCAAAUAAGUGUAUUGCGGGUAAUUACACCACAAACAAUAAUCCAUCUCUAAAAUGGUACUCUAGGCUGUGAAUAAUAAAGUUGAACAGAUAAAGCGAAAUCAGACAAACAAAACAAUGAAAAUUUGAUCAAAAUCGGUCAAGGAAUAACAAAAGGUUUGACAUUUCAAAGAUUUGCAUUAUCCUAGUGAAACAGUUCAAUGCAUGUCGUCAUGAAUAUUCAAUUAACAAACUGAUGAUGUUAUAUCCUCACAUGUUCUUUUGUAUUUUAUUAUAUUAAACUUUGUUUAUUCAAAUUUUGUCCUCCAAAAAUUGAAUAUAUUGGAUUGACAAGUGAUUUAAUGCGUUAGAUAUUCAUUGCUGCAACCCAUUUUAUUGUCUCACCUGCGAAGCGGCGACGUCAACACCAAAUCUUAACCGAAGGUUAAGUUUUUGAAAUGACAGCAUAACUUAAAAAGUAUAUGGACGUAGUUCAUGAAACUUAGCCAUAAGUUUAAUCAAGUAUUAUUGAACAUCAUGCCUGAGUUUCAGGUCACAUGACCAAGGACAAAGGUCAUUUAGGGUCAAUGAACUUAGACCAUGUUUGGGAAUCAACUUCAAAAUCUUAACCUAAGGUUACGUAUUUGAAAUGUCAUCAUGACUUAAAAAAUAUAUGGACCUAGUUCAUGAAACUUGGACAUAAGAUUAAUCAAGUAUUACUGAACAUCCUGCCUGAGUUACAAGUCACAUGACCAAGGUCAUUUAGGGUCAAUGAACUUCGGCCAAGUUGGGGGUAUCAGUUGAAUUACCAUCAUAACUUUGAAAGUUUAUGGAUCUGAUUCAUGUAACUUGAACACAAGAGUAAUCAAGUAUCACUGAACAUCCUGUACCAGUUUCAGGUCAUAUGAUCAAGGUCAAAGGUCAUUUAAGGUCAAUGAACUUUGGCCAAGUUGGGGGUAGUUGUUGAAUUACCAUCAUAACAUUGAAUGUUUAUUGGUCUGGUUCAUAAAACUUGGACAUAAGAGUAAUCAAGUAUCACUGAACAUCUCAUGCGAGUUUCAGGUCACAUGAUCAAGGUCAAAGGUCAUUUAAAGUUAAUAAACUUUGGCCAUGUUUGGGGUAUUUUUUGAAUUACCAUCAUAACUCUGUAAGUGUAUUGGUCUAGUUCAUAAAACUUGGACAUAAGAGUAAUCAAGUAUCACUGAACAUCUCAUGAGAGUUUCAGGUCACAUGAUCAAGGUCAAAGGUCAUUUAAAGUCAAUAAACUUUGGCCAUGUUAUGGGUAUUUGUUGAAUAACCAUCAUAACUCUGAAAGUGUAAGGAUCUAGUUCAUAAAACUUGGACACAAGAGUAAUCAAGUAUCACUGAACAUCUCAUGCGAGUUUCAGGUCACAUGACCAAAAUCAUACGUCAUUUAAGGUCAUUUAAUUUUGCCCAUUUUGGAGGUAAUUAUUAGAUUGCUGUCAUAACUUUCAAAGUUUAUAGAUAUAGUUUAUAAAAUGGGGAUAUAGGGGUAAUCAAGUAUCACUGACAAGUGUUAGGUCGCAUGAACAAGGUCAAAUGUCAUUUAUUGUCAAUGAACGUAGUAUUGUAUCAUUAUAUGAAUGGUGUUUUUUGUGAAUAAUUAUUUUAUAGUAGUUUUCAAAGUCAGCACUGCUGCUGUAUUGAAUCGUGCGAUGGAGGUGAGACUGCCAGAGGUACACUUGUUAUGAUUUCAUGUAAUAACAUGAAAAGGGAAAGUGGGGACAUGACAUCAGCCAUCCUAAUUAAUAUUCACGAUGACGUGCAUAUAACUGUCUUCACAAAAUAUUUCUAAACAAUAAAACUCCAUCACUUUGUAAUAGCUGAUUUUUAUGAAAUUUUCAGCAUUUUGCUUGGUAAAUGUUACUCUAUUUAUUUAGCAUUGAGUUCCCCUUUCAUUUUAUUUUUUGCCUUUAUAACGAAUAGGUUGUAGUUUGCACUCAUGAUUUGAUUUGAUUUAAAAGUUACAUGUUCAACAACUGACUUUCAUUAUCUUGCCAUGUGAUAUAUAUUUUGUAAUAACUAAGUAAUGAACAUCCUGUUGAUUUGAAUUGGUGCUCUUUUGAAGUCUUUCUCUAUCUUUUUGAAAAUGUCACAUAUAAUAGUGUAAUUAAUACACACUUUUGACAAAGUUUAGAUCCAAUGAAGCAACUAUUUCUUUGUUUUUGAGCCUUUGACUUGCAAUCUCUCUUUCAAUGAAAGGAAGAAAAUACUCCAGCUACCCUUUUGUGAAAGAUAAGCUUUGGGAAGUAUGGAACAUAGAGGGCGCUACCUAAUAUUUAGGCUCUGUCAAUUUUGUCAACAUAAUCAUCUUUCCUGACAGUGAUGCAAGAAUGUAUUGAUGGAUAUUGUUCUUUGCUUUCUAAUCUAAAGUUCAGUUAACAUCUUCACAAUAUUUGGCCUGUCUGGUUGAGUAGAGAAAUUGUGGAUGAAGUGAUGGAAAUUUUCAUAAAUUAUACUAAGUCUCUCCAAAGAGUCACAUGAAUUAAGACAUGUAUUACAACACCACUUUGGCCCAUAUUCUCAAAAGAGGUUUCAAUUGUACCAUGGUACAAAACCAUUGACUAUGCAUGUUUAUUUCAUAAACGCGCUUCAUUUUAAGUGCACUUUGCCAAAAACGUGCAUUUGAUUGGAUAUAACUUUGUGUACACGAUGAAAGAAGCGUAAUUAUGUUAAAAAAUCUGCAUUGUCCAGGGUUUUGACCAUGGUACAAUUGAAACGUCUUUGAGAAUAUGGGUCUAUAUGUUUAUUAUCAUACUACAAUCCAUGUUAACAAUGAAUUGAUUAAUAAGGAGAUUUGUUGAUGUGAGAACAUGAGAAAGCUGAGGUGAUAUCUGCAACCAAGUGAUGUGAUUCUCAUAUAUUAUUCGCUUUAUUAUAUUUUCACUCACCUUCAUAUUAUUAUUUUUUAAUGUGUUUUAUAAUUUCAGCAAUAAUACUAAAUAAAUACUUAGCAACUCCUAAAGGGUAAUCUUAUUAAAAAAGUAAUAAAUCUGGUAAUAUUUUUCUUUACUGAUUAACCUAAAAUUGACUGUAAUAUAUUAAUUUUUUGAUAUUUCCUCUAAUUGAUUUUUAAGUAAGGAAACUAGUUAGAUACGCAGUUAAAAAUCAUAAUAUCUUUAUAACUCAAAUUUGAUCCAAUGAGUGCAAUAACCACUUACUUCUCUUUAAUUAUAGUUUUACAUUGCUGUUAAUUCUUUAAUAACUUGUAUAGGAUAUUAUGUGCGUUAUUUUACUAAAUCGUGCAACAUUUUAAUGAUUUUAGCCCAUCUUUUUACAAGUAUUAUCACUGCAGAUUAUACUUAUCAUGUCGUACCAUAUGUGUGUUACAAUGUAAGUAAUAAACAGAGUUCGAAACUCCCCCAUCAUGAUGAUAGUAUGUGAUAUGGAAUUCUUCUAUGCCUCUUAUAUUGUAAGGGUUUCCCCACCAAAUUAUAUUAUCUUUUUUAGUUGUGUAAAUACAGUGAAUAUUUUAUAACUCAGUUUUCUUGCUAAAAUAACAUAUGAUCCAGACUCGCAGGUUCAGCCUAUAAACACUUUGAAAUACUCUUGCAAAGUGACUUAAAGUGCUUUGCUGUUUUUUUUCUUCAAAUUCUAAGUAGGAUAUUAAAAGUGUCAUUAAGUUA